UGGCUUCUUCGCUGACCCUGUGGGGGCGAGAUCGUUUAAGUGGUUGCAGUGUGAGUUUACUGGCUAGAGGAUCCGUGGUUCGAACCCGACAUCUGUCUUUCAACUUCCCCUGUCUAGGCUUGGGCAGUCUGGCAGUAUCUCAGCCCUCGUGCUUCAUUCGGGUUGCAUGGCAGCUAGGCACCGAAAGGGUGUUACGGUUGAACGAUAAUUUUUCUGUGAAAACCCCAAACGAGCAUGGUGUGAUCGAAGUAGCUGAGUCGCCGGUGAACAAGUUCCAAAUAUUGAUUAAUGUCACCUCAGAAGUUUCAUAUACUGAACAAGUGCGGUACGCGGUGCGCCACACAGAGGACUCACUGUAUGUUGAGCUGAUUCACGAUCAAGCACAUCCGCCUGGAAAGCCCUCAGUUCCGGGUGCGGCUGAAGAAACCGAACUGAUUGAACUUCUGCCAAACUAUAUGGAUGUGGAUGCCAAGCCACACAAUGGUGAGCAACCGACUGCACAGUUCUACAUUACAUCAACCAGCGCCUACGCGACGAUUUCCAUGGCUUCCAGCCCGGACACGCUUCUGCGUGGUGCAACCGGUGUCUGUCCAACGAGUUACCCAAUUCCACGAUAUGUUGUAGCCGGUGGGGAUGCCAGUGCGGUGGGUGGUGCAGACACCAGUGUUACCUAUGGCCAGUCCAAUCCGAAUGAUUUGGCCGCUACCAUUCUGGGUACUCCGAUAAUUCUGUCAGCUAAUGCCGCCGGUUUCCUUGCCGAGGGCGCAUCCAGUCCACCAGUGGCCUAUGUGCAAUUGGCGAAUGUAGCGGGGCCUAUUUCCGAAAUGGAUUCGAGCACGUCUACUGUUGCACCUAUCCGGGUCGGCUCACAACAGACAGUUCACAGUUCAUUACGCCUACGCACUCUGCCGGGUAAACGUCAUGUUGCGAAAGAGUUCUUGGACGAAUCUGUUGUUGCCACCAUGACGAAAACACGUUCCAAGCAAAGGACCAUCCUCCCAACCCCAUUGAUUGCAGCCAACGAACCUACUGAACUUAAUUCGAGCUCAGGGACUGUUUCCAGUACUCCAGUUACUGCUGCCCCAGUGCUGCCGCUUGUUUACAUCCGCACCGGCGGCAAUAUGGACCCAAACCCGGUCGGUGCGGGCUCAUUAUCUCCAGCAUCAAUUCCAAAUGACACCCCUGUAUGCGCUGGAUCCGAGACAACUGCCAAUUUAGUUGAGUUGAUUGCACGAGCAUCCACCGAUGCAGCCUCCAGUAGUUUCUCGAUAACAAACGCCCCCACGCCGCAACAUUUGUUAGCUCGCCAGCAUCCACAACCUCAAGGUUCAGAUGAGACAAGUGGCAUCCUUUCUGAUUCUGAUGGAAGUGUGGCCGCAAUGGUCGGAAAUACUCUGCUCCCUAAUGCACUAUUGUUCUCAUCCUCAAUUUGCCCCCAGUCUCCACCAGCUGCACAUUCCACCACACCGGAGGUCGCCACCUUGGUAGCUGUUCCCGCGCCACACAGUCAGUCUUCAAUCGGCCCGCUGCUUGCUGCUGGUGUCCCGUUUUCGCCUCCAAACUCCUCAAUGUUGCCAUUGUCCACCCUGUUCACGGGACUCGCGAACUCAAGCGGCGCAAACCCGUUCAACGUAUCUUCUGCACUGAUAGCCGAAAUGGCUUCGUGUCCUCAGCAUAGCUAUUUGUUUUGCCAUCAGCAAAAUGCGGACGAGCAUGCUCCCAUGAGCGAUACCAUUGCGAGUGUACCGACUGCGACGGAGACCAUGAGUACAACGAGCGGUGAACCGCAACCUGGCGGUUCCACCUUGGGACAGGGUCUGCCCUCUGCUCACCAAAAACGUCGAGUCAGUCCUGCAAAUGUUGCACUAGCCUUGGAGGUUGGAUCGUAUAAGAGUAUCCCUUCUACUACCGCCACCACCAAAACAACAACAAGUGACGACUACUCCAUUGGCAGUGGUUCUGGCAUACCCGAUGUUCCUGCACUGUUCACGACCACCACAUCUACCGACACCUGUCAGUUCUCCACAAUAACCGCUGACAAUGUGACAACCCUGGGUCGCAACCGCUUCGGUCCAAAUCCACCUAAACGUGGAGUCAGUUUGAUGCCGCGACAAAAUGUGACAGGUACGAACGGGAUUUGUGCGGAUUCUCAACCCAGAACCACGGAGCAAUCCUUGGAUCUGUUGACUGUUCCCUCCACCGAGUCCCAAGUACCAUUGUCGGUUGAUUACAAAUCAGCAAGCCUGGGCCGACCACCCAAGAAUGGCCCUAGUUCGGUGGAAGGUGGUACACAGUCAUCUCAGCUUGCUCCUGGUUCUUCAGCAACCCUUCCCUCGGGUGGAACGAAUCCGCGGUCGGCUUUGAAGAGUGCAGACCGAUCUGGACCGAAAGUCAGCAAACAUCUGCGAUUCACCACUCUCACAAUGCUCACCUUUCUUUGGCUGUUGGUGGUUGUGGCACUUGGAUCCCCAGAGUUGGGCGACCAAAUUGUAGGCCACGAUCGUCCAAUACGUUGGAAUAUAAUCAAGCCAUUCUCUCCGACCGGUGCUGAUAUUUUGUCGUCAACAAGCAAAUCGAAUAUCUCCCCGACUGUUCGGGUCACCAUUUGGCUCCCUCGUGAUAUGAUACCAAAGAUGGACGGUAACCGACCUCGUCAGUUCUCCAGUGACAAGCAAGAGAUUAAAAAAGGAACUCGACGUUCACCGGAUUCCAUUCAGCUUUGGUUGAAUGCAUCGAGCGGAACUGAGGUUUGGUUGUCCCCGAGAGUCGAACGAGGUGUUGUUCACAUAUACGACGCGACGAACGCCCAUCAGAUUCUAGGCACACGUAUAUGUCGACAACGCUACGCCUGUGAGCAUUCGUGUGAUCCGGGCGCUCGUCACGAUUGUAUUUGUCAGCGCGGUUACCGACCAGCUGGACCAAAAGAUCGAGAUCGUCUGUUGCUGCACGGAAACCGACUGGGAAACAUCGACCUGGAAAAUGCGAAAGGCCGCAUCUGUUUGGAUGUGGAUGAAUGUGCCAGCGCUCAACUACGCAGUUCCUGUACCCGACUUGGUGGAGUGUGCACGAACCGGCCCGGUGAUUAUACCUGUUUGUGCCCCUCUGGCUAUCCUUGUCUUGACUGUGAUACUACGUGCCCUAAAGGUUUCUGGGCCCAUGGGGAUUGUGGACGGAAUCAGUCAAUUGAAUGCAAACGCUGUUCUGGUCCCUGCCCUACGGGAAUGUAUGAAGCAAGACCGUGUGGUCCACGUUCUGAUCGUGUGUGUCAAGCUUGUCGUCCACUGUGCAUCUCCGAAGAGUUCGAAUUCACACCUUGCAAGGGUUCGAGCAACAGAAUUUGCAAACGAAAAUCUAUCAUCCCGGAGUUGAUUGUACCGUAUAAGAAAAACGUCUGGUUCGAAAAUCUGCAGCAUGUUCGGGAUACAAGCCUUACCUUGACGCCGGAUGAUAUAAGUCGACUUCCUCUGAACAAGUCCAUUGUGUUAGACCGAGCAUCUGGUUACCAAGUUCGGUUGGACUUUGACAGUCUAAAUUUGCUUCCUGUCCUUGGACCAGUUGACCACUCUAGUGGUAACGACAACAGCUUGUUCCUAGCAUCUGCCAGGGUGCUAGAUCACUCGUCGACCGAGACGGACUCAUACCGGUGGUCCUCGGCCACCGGUCAGUACCAUCCCAUGCAAGCAUAUACAUUGAAGGCUAACAAUACGCUUUCAAAGUUGUGUCCUUUUCCAGUACCUCCACUAUAUCGUCUCGGCAUCCGAGCGCAUCGAAAUGUCACCACAUCAACUGUCCCAGAUGCUAGUCUUCCUGGGCAUAGACCGGUACUUUCCGGCUGUCGCACCUACAGACGACAUGGUUACUUCCCCCCAGUGGAGGUCAGUCCGUUUCAUGCGGCCGAAUCUGCGCAAUCAUUCGGUGGUCCCGGGAAUCCCACAAAAUCGGGUGAUCUCUCGGCAGCGACUAUUCCUGUGGUUGCCUGUCUGGAGCCUUCUCGCUUACCAGCCAUCUUUGGUUCUCAUUGGAACACCGAAUUGGCUACCCCAAGGUCGAUUUACUUCGAAGAGAAACAGUUAUGUGGUCAACUCAAAGCCGACUGUCAACAAUGCUUGGCCGCUUGUGCUGAAGAGUUGAAGAGCAAUUCGCUAACAUGCAAGCCGACCUCGAAUCCUGCUGAUAAUGGUCGUUCUCCACGAUUAGAAAUCUGCUUUGACUGUUGCGCACGGGAUAACUGCAGCGAUGUCUGUGACAAAUACUCGGCCCACCGAUGUCACAUGCAGUUGUGUAGCUACGGCUUACGUCUGGAUUUCCCGCUUACUCCUGAAUGGCCAAAACAAGGCGAAUUCUUGUGCCACGUUCAACCAGCAUCCAGUCGUCCAAUUUAUCGUCUCUAUUGGAGUCUGCUCUAUCAAGGUCGCCCAUUGACCCCGGAUCGUUUCUCUGCUGCUCUCGUGCUUCCAACGUCGACGAAGGGCGAUCACCUGGAAGACACUGAUGUAUCGCGGCGACCAGUUCAGCAGGGUUCAGAAAGCUGGAUUUUUGGACAUGGCGGGCAAAUCAGUCAAACUUAUCGUGGUCUUUUGAACGUUCAAUACGCGUCUGGAUUGGAACAUUUACCUGACAUGAUUGGCGGAACGGACACUAUGCAGAGUGCCUAUUUUUGGAGUAGGCAGACGAUACCGCUUGUGAGUGGAAGUGCCACAAACGCAGCUUUCGAUCCGAUUUCCGCUUCGGCCUCGGCCGCCACUACCGGGGCUAUGUAUGCCAAUGCAGUGCAGUCUGGCUCCCCCACGGAAUUGGCAAGCAUUCAAGUGUGGCCGUCUCGACCGCUUCUGGUGAGUACUGCAGCCUGGGAACGCUUGAGUGGUGCUCCGUGUGCCGCAGCUGAUCCUCUGCUAGAACAGCUGAAUGUCUAUACACCCGCUCUACCUCCCUACAUUGCGAUGGGUGAGGCGAAGGUCGAAUACGUUGGAAACUACCUGUACACCGUAUCGCACACAAAAGCGAAACCAAAGUUGAUGAUCGGCAUACCUAAAACGGCAUCACUUUUGGGCGCAGUCUUCAGUCCAGCCUCGGUUGAACGUGGGCAGUAUCUUCGGGCUAGUUUAGCCCUAGCUUGGUUCGGGCCUACGGACACCAAUGGGGAUGCUGUUGUUAUUCCACCAGACUCUUCCAAACGACCUUCAGAUGAUGUUUUCUCUUCGUCCGCAACCGAUACACGGCGGCGUUACUGGGUUAUAGACCUCACGGGACAGGUCGAUCAGUUUCCCGGGUUGUUUCGUCUCCGCGUGUACACUGACCAUAGUGAGGACAAAGAUGUUGGUACCAAUGGCAACGCGUUAUCGAAAGCACCUUCACGCCGCCCCCAUACGGUGAUGACUGCUGACGCUACUGUAGAGACCGAGGAUGGAGAUCCCUACCCAACGGACUUGGAUAACGUGGUAACCAGUGACGAACCCAGCGAGGAACCCUUGCUGGAUUACGAUAUCGGUGUGUUUGAGGAGCGCAAGUUCCAACUGCGCAUUUUGAUUCCUGGCCCCGAACACGAACCGGAUUAUGAGAAAUCCUUCCGUCUCACCGUAACUGACGCUAAAAACCGAUUGGAUAUUCGUGUGAAGCGGACUGUUCAGUUGCCGCAUGAAAUGGCUUUGCGUCGAAGUUACGAGCGGCUGCCUGACGAUGAUGUGCGCCCUGUUCUCGCGGAUCUUUUGCCAAGUUUGGCAGCCCGUCAACAAACGUUUUGGCAACAAGCGUCUGCUGAACCCCAGCUGGGUACGAAGGGCCCAAAGAACUCUCCGAUUCAACCGGAGCAACAGACAACAACAGAAUCCGAGCUCCGGCCAUUCGGUCCGCCACCAUCUGUCUUUUUCGCUGUCAUUUGUUGUCUCCUCCUUCUGUUGCUGUGUUUGUUCAUUGGCAUAAUCACACAACCCGAUCCUACUCUCGCAUGGAUCAAGUUUCCUUCGGAGGCCAAGACCAAACGAAUGCCGACAGAUGACGGAGAGCAAAUCGCAAUGGUCCGACACCCGGCUCGCUAUAACAGUAUUGUUUCCCGUUGGUGCCGCGUCCUCUUGUUGAUCGGUUACCUGUGUCUCAAAUCUGCUUACACCUUCGGUGUGACUUUAACGGCCCUGGUCAUUGUAAUCCGUUACGUGACUCGCGAUCCGGCUAAUCAGCUGACCAACUUACCAGAGUGGACUAUGGGUGUGCAACCGAACGAUCUAAUGGACACUAGUCUUACACGACAGAAACUUCUUCAGGAAGCUAUGGAUGUUCACCUGCGAGCUGAGCUGGUUCGACAACAGACACUAGCCAAGGAAAUGCGCGAAGCUUGUGAUCGAGGACUGGAAGUCAUGUUCGAUCAAAUGGAGGAGCGUCUCAGCGCGGCAUCGAAACUGGCAGCAACCCGUCGUAGUCGUGUUUUGUUAUCCCAGGGUGUCGCUGAGUUGGCUCGCGUAACUGCUGUCGCAUCGACCUUGCAACUGGCCGAGGGCUUGAUGGCAUUCAACCAAAGUGUCGAAUGGGCGUUCCACCGACUAAAAUCGGACUUGCAAGAGACGGAACGUGCUUUGGGGAAUUCCGAUUGGCUAACAGGUGCACGGAUCAUCUACGCCGAGGUCGUUCAGCUAAGAGGACUGCAUCCCGAUCCAAAUGACCCCACGCGCUCAUUUUUACAAUGGGCCAAGUUACUGGGUCCUGGGGGGAGUGGUUCGCUUGUAGACCUAUUAUCCCCUGGCCAGUCACCACAGCUACAGCAUCCACCUCCGAUUCUUCCACUAAUUCAACCAGACCAGUUCCAGAUACCAACGCCGUCACCACGGAGCUCCGGGUUGACACAAGGUGGCGAUGAGCCGGAAUAUGGGCCCAGUUACACCCCAUUCAUCCUCCAUCCAAUCGAAGCGGAAGCAAAUGAAGCUUAUUGGUCUAGUCUGAAUACGGAAGCCGAUCCUUCUGGCCUGGAUACCGGGGAUUUUCUUGACAGCUUGGAUACGGAACACCAGGAUGCAACUGAUGGGACCGAAAUUCCCGUAGAACCCUCUUCACAAUCGUCAUCAAAUUAUUCAAAAUGGCUAGAUCUCAAGUUGGGCUGGGUCCACGUGCUUGGCGCGGCACUGCUACUCGAUGCCCUCUGGCUCAUUCAUCGAGUGCUUCACACAGUCGACACCGCUGAACGUCUUCUUUACGGAGAUACAGUUUUCAUCGAUUUGACUGUUGAAGGUCUGAGGCGCCGGUUGUUGCAAAAGUCCCGCCUUCGGAUCGGAUGCAAACGAGCUUUCGAAGCGGCAAUGCAACCUGGGACGGUGCGGAAACUCUGUGGUAGUGUGCUGGCUUUGUUGGCAGUCUCCCAGGGUGCGGCACAUCUAGACCGCCUGCUUUCUCAAGAAACACUCGACUACAUUGGCUACUACGAUAACCUGAUUCUCCCGGUUCACCUGCAUGCCCGUUUGGUCAAUGUUCACAUCACUCGUUCGGCUCAGCGACUGAACCAGUACGAGGUAGCUGGGAUUGAGUCAGAAAUGAGCCGACGACUUCGAGAAGCCCAAUUCCUUCUGCAUCAGUGGACCGCGUGGCUGAGUGAGAUUGAACAGGAGCAAUGCCGGGUGUUGCUGGCCUACAAGGCUGCUGCUCAACAAGUCAGAAACAGAAUGGCCACCAAACUCAACCGAAACCCAGCGUUGAAUAAGCUUCAGUUGCCCGUGCACAUGAUACAUAGUGGACCAAGUCAGGCGCAUGCUCAGCCCUCUGAUUGGUCUAAUCUUCGCGCCAAUGACGGUGGUACCGCAAUUCAUCAGUCUAAAGGAACUGCGGAUGCGUUCGUUCCAAAACAUUGCCGCAUGACUCAGUCCGAACGGGAGAUUGAAUUGGCUGAGACAAGGCGCCUGGAUUGUCCGAAAUGUCCACUUAAUGCUAUCGUGCCACACUUGUUCAAAGACUAUAAUGCAUCGCAAUAUUUCGACGAAGUUGUGAAACAGUCAGAGGCGUGGUUGUCCGCAGCACGUGACUAUUUGAGCCGCAUCUUCUACUGUCUCUUCGUCUACAUAAGUGCUCUCAUCCUGUGGAAUAUGGCUGGAUCUCUUGUGUGGUUCUACCUGAAUCGAUUAAACAUUUUACCAAAGAAGGUUUUAUUCGAAUCGGAUAUCUCCAGUUGGUACGCUGCUCAUUCUCCAUCGGAGGCUAACGCAGGUGGUAUUGCUUCGAACAACUAGAAUCGCUUUGUUUGAACUAUGCAUUUCUUUCUCAAUCUAUUUUUCCUGUGAUUGGCUCUGUCACCAAGCCUUGUAGUCCUAACUGAUUAUCCGUUAUACUCGGUGUUUCUCUCUCUC